AUGGGCGCCCUACUUUCUCUCCCAAUAACGCUCCUCAACCUCCUCCUACCAUUCACGAAACCCGGGACACCAGUUGCUCAAGACCUCAUCCACACAGCUGUUCUCUGCGGCACACUUUAUUACGCCCCACAAAUCGCCGAAUGGUACAACACACGACAGCUCGGGAACACGACAGACGGGCUAGGGCAAGACACAAAUCACGACCAAGAACAAGAAACACAACAAAAUGAGCCACACGACGUACGCGACGUACCCCAAGAGCCGCGGCCCCAAACCGGACAGCCCGGUCUCCAAGCGCACGUCGAAGACGAAAUCGAACCCGCAGCCCCGCAGCCAGGCCCCGCAGAGCAACACCAACAACCCCAACCCAACGGCGCUUUCGAACUCCCGGAAGACGCAGGCCCCGCGAACGAGCGCCCGCGCCCAACACCGCAAAACCGCGCCGUCGGUGCCAAGAAAGCGAAAUCCCUCGCCCGCAAAGACCAGCGGCGCGCGUACCACGAGUUUCACCGGCAGGAAGCCGAGCUGCGGCGCCUGCAGGCGGCCGAAGGUGCCGAGGAGCGUGACGCUGCGCUUGCGGCUGAGAAGGCGCGGCGGGCGGCUGCCGAGGCGGAGAUUGUCGAGCGCGAGAGGCGGGAGAGGGAGGAGCGGAAGCGCGAGGUGGAGAGGGAGCUGGAGGAGGAGCAGGAGCGUAGGGAGAGAGUGGUGCGGAGUGUGAGGGAUGCAGUGGACAGCGCUGGCUGUGUGGAUCUGGUCGAUGUAGCCUGGACUGAGGGCAAGGAUCGAGUGUGGGUGGAGAGACUGGUCAGGGCUAGUGGGGUCCUGGGACAGUUGGCAAAGGACGGCGCCAAGGUCUUGAUCACAAGUCAAGGGUGGCUGGUUAGAGUCGAUAAGGAUAUCAUGGAGCGGGUGUAUGCAGACGCUGAGAAGUUUGGAGAGGCGCGUGGUGGCAAAGUUGGGUUCAACGAGUUUGGCGGGAUGCUGGAGAGGGCGGUCAGAGCAAGAGCUAGGGUGUAA